CACCUCUUGGACUGUAUUUAUUCAACUGACAGACACACAUAUCACUGUCCCAAACACAUCCACAGUCCAGAAGUAACAAGGCAGGAGACUUUGAACUGGCAGAAUAAAGACAGAUUGUUUAUAAAGUCAUGGGGAUACUAGAUGUUCUUCUCCAGUCCUCCAGUUCUGUCUCCCUGUUGGGGACUCUGGCGGUCCUGCUUCUUGUCUACAUUGUCUCCUCUUUCAGCUUCAAUAAAGUGGAAGAAAAGGAUCCACCAGGACCCAGACCACUUCCCCUGCUGGGGAACCUGCUGCAACUGGACCUGAAGAAACCCCACAUAACAUUACUGCAGCUUUCCAAGAAAUAUGGGUCAGUGUUCACUGUCUAUCUGGGACAAAAGAAAGUAGUGGUCCUGGCAGGAUACAAGACGGUGAAGGAGGCACUUGUCAACCAUGCUGAAGAGUUUGGAGAGAGAGAUCUACACCAACUUAUGUAUGAAAAAUCUCAAGGCAAUGCCUGUAAUAAUAAUCGAUCAUACCAGUGGCAUUACACUGCUGUCCAGUCAUCUGGGAUUACCAACAGUCACUUCAAUGAUGUAAACCUUAUGACAACAGUCCGCAAUUUGUUUAUUGCGGGCACUGAAACAUCAGCAACCACACUGAGAUGGGGACUUCUGCUAAUGGCCAAGUAUCCAAAAAUACAAGAUCAGGUCCAGGAGGAGGUGAACAGGGUGAUAGGGAGUCGUCAGGUGCAGAGCGAGGACAGGAAGAACCUGCCCUUCACUGAUGCUGUCAUCCAUGAGACACAGAGACUGGCCAACAUCGCCCCAGUGGCAGGGCCUCACAGAAUGAGCCAAGACGUCACCUUCCAGGGUCACUUCAUUAAGAAG